AUGACAACUUUACAAGAAUAUUUAAAUCAGAAAUAUCCAACGAGGGAAGAAAAAGAGCAAGUAAAGAGGAUUGUUGUUCAGGAAAUUUACUAUGAAAGAAAAUCCCAAGGCAUUAUUGAACUAUUAGAAGGUGGUGAGUUGGAUUUAAGGGAGUAUGUUAAUUUAGAAAAGGCUACCGACGUAGAUGAGGGCUUAGAGUAUUUAGUGGAAAGAUAUUCUGAUAAAGAACAAUUAAUCAAAGAUUUAGAAAAAAAAGUCCAAGAAACCCAACAAGAACUCACUCAAACUAAACAAAAUGAAGCCGACAAAACCAAAAAAAUAGAAAGACUAGAAACCAAACUCAAACUAUUAGAGGAAGCUAAAACUAAAUUAGAAACUGAAUCAGCCGAAAGAAUCCGCCAACUAAAACAAGAAAUAACUGAACUACAAAAAAAGUUAACCGAAGCAAAGCAAAAUAUUCAACAAUCCGAACAGGAAAAAAAGAAACUCCAAGAGCAAAUUGCUCAAAAACAAAAAGAAACCACUUCUUAUCAAACUCAAAUUGAAACUUUAAAUAAGGAAAUUGAUAAUAAAGAACAAGAAAUAACCGAAUGA